GACCAACUUCCGUUGCCAUAAUGAUGCGCGGACGAAUCGCCUGCUAUGUUCCGCGCAUCAUGGCGACGCUCAGCUGGUAGUGAGUCUGCUGCUGCUGGUCAGUGAGAGAUAUGUAAUGUAACGACUGCGCUUGGACGACUACUGCGACGGCAUCGUUAUAUCUCGAUCACGUUUGCCGAGCGUCAUCCGUGCUGCUUCUCGCGAUAAGUCGACAGUGGAUGUUGUCGCGCCGCGACGAGCGGCGGUUCAGGUGAAAUGGCAAGGAGCACGGUCGUCGAAUGUGCGUCAAAAAUCGCUGUUGCGCUGUCGCCGUCGUCACCGUGUCUGCACGGAAGCCUGUAAUCGCUCGCGCGGAACGAGGAAGCGGGAUCGUGAUCUGGAGUAGACGUGCGAAUGCGACGCGCGAGCAACUUGCAAAGCUGACAGCUCGCCACCAGUGAGAGAGAAAAAAAGAGAGAGAGCGAGAGAGAGAGAGAGAGAGAGAGAGAAAGAGAGAAUCAUGGGCAACUGCUUGAAACGCGUCACCGGCAACCAACAGGACAAUACCACCCUCCUGAGCAAUAAUCCCGAGCCCAACGUGUCCACGAGCGGAUCUUCGCAGGAGGGCCUUGGACCACCGAUUCCCUACAACGUAAUUCACCAAGCAGCUUAUUAUCCGUCGAUCGCUACGAGGGAACGUCACUUACAGUCUACCAACUUGAAUAUUGGUCGUGGGAUCGGAGUCAAUUUGGUACAGAGUACUGGUUCUGCUGGUUUGAGCGAAGAGGAACAACAAGUGAGAAUUGCGAAGCGUAUAGGACUGAUACAGCACUUGCCGAUGAGAGAGUACGACGGUGCUAAGAAGGGCGAGUGCGUGAUAUGCAUGAUGGAGCUGCAGGCGGGCGAAGAAGUGCGCUAUUUACCCUGCAUGCACACCUACCACGCAAUCUGCAUCGACGACUGGUUGCUGCGCUCGCUGACAUGUCCGUCGUGUAUGGAGCCGGUGGACGCGGCGCUAAUUAGCUCAUAUCAUCCGACUACUUAAUACGGGAGUGACAGGAAUUUUCAUCGGUUUAGCCGGACGGCGAAUCGCAAUUAAAUUAUCAGGCUAAACGUGAAGCGUAACUGAAGUGGGAGCGAGAGAAAUAGAGAAAGUCGCUACUUUUGCUAUAGAACGUAUAAAGGCUUCUGGGUAGUAGAGAGAUCACAUGUUAAUGAUCCGAUUGUAUUUCGUCGUUAUACACGAUAUAUACAUGCGCGCGCGUGCUAUUUAUUAUAAUAAUCUCUACCACAAAGAACACACUUUCCCUAUAAAUCCGAAAGUUUUUUUUUUUUUUAGAUUAUUUUCUAUGAGAAGGAGAACGAGAGACUUGGUUUUAAUUAAAUUCUAGUAAAUACAUCACGGUCCCGAAAUCCUUUUUCGUAAUGAGUUUUAAUUGCUUGUACAUUGAUUUUUCAAUUAAAAAAAGAAGAUGAAGAGGCGGCUCGAUGUAAAAGUGCAAUAAAACGUUGAGUAAGCUUCAUGUGCACCGAUAGGUAUAGUCGAAACAAUAAGUAUAUAUAUAUAUAAAUAUAUAUGUAUGCGUAGUAAUGAGAUAAUAAGUACGACACGUGCGGAAUAUUAUGUCGUUUGUAUUUCUCGGGCGGCUUUGUGUAACAAUUCUCAUGUAAGUUCUUGUGCGAAUGUUUGAUGAGCUGACGCUAAUUGUGUUUCUCUUCUUCUGCUCUUACAUAAUUGUUUUUAAUCGCCUCCUUGAAUCCGAACAUAACGUACCUAUUCUCGGAUAAAGAAAAUUAGUGGAUAAUUUUAAUUUUAAGCUUACGAGGUAGGAUUUGUUUUAGUAUGCAGCUUACACGUGCAGUAAACACGUGCAGAGACUCGCGGUUUUCUUCUCGUCUAAAACUGUCGGGACUUACGCGAACGACAGUCUGUUAUAUUUUCGUGACAAAAGGAAAACUGUCUCUAAUGGUACUCGCAACGUUUUAAUUUUUCUUGAUGUCUCGCGCAUGUGUCGUUAUGUAAAUCACUUGAAUCGCUUCUGCCGCGACGAACAUUGAACAUCUUUCAUUUAGAUAACGUGUACAGAGAGAGAAUGCUUCAUUGUAUGCUACGGACAAUUAGCGGUUUAUUAUAUCUACAGAUAGUAUGGGAACAUGUAUAGCAACGAAUAAAAGAGCAAACAAAACAGUAAAUUAAGGAGAGAGAGAGAGAGAGAGAGAGAGAGAGAGAGAGAGAGAGAGAGA